AUUGAUUGCAGAUUUGAUGUUAAGCAAUCUCAUUCGACGUGCUACUUAUGGUAUCGUGUACGUGUUGUGCAUGAGAAUAUGCCAGGCUACGGAUAUCUCACAGUAACAUAAUUUAUACGCAACAUUCGGAUAUACGUGCGAUAAACGAAUUUUCAAACCUCAAUAGCAUACCCUCAUUCUGUAAAGUUGACAAAUAAGUAGCAACUAUGGGCUCAGCUGUAUACAUAAUGAAACGGUGGUGUCACUUGCGUUCCUACUCCUGAUCUGUAUCUCCGCCGAUAAAUCGUCCAGACUUGAUGGUAUACCUACAUUAUACUUUCAGACAUUCGACUGUUUGAAUUUAUCGGCGAAAUACAGAUUGAUCCGUGAACCAAAUCUCUCCUUUCACUAUUCAAACUAUCAACCAUAACUUCCGUUGGUCUAUAGUGUACAGAUUUCCCUCUUAUAUGCCCUGAAAUGAUCGCUGGUCAGUGUAACAAGCACGGAUACGUAUAAUAGUACUCUAAAGUAAAAGAACGACAAGUGACCGCUGAUGACAAUGUGAAAUUGACGAGGUAACCAGUACCGUCUAGCGUCUGUAAUAAAUAACAACCGUGAUCGUUGUACGCAACUCAUCGAGCAUCGAAGCUAUUCCGUGAAAUAAUGAAGAAGAAAGCUUGAUAACUCUACUAGAACGCCGAAAUCAGAGUGCUUGGGAACAGGAAGCGUUGGGGUUGAUGUGUCGUUAGUGUGGGUCGAAGUCCCGUAUGAAGAUUGGAAAGUGAACUUGUAGGAUUUCUUGGGGUUGGUAUAGAUCGGUUGUUGGAGGAGGAAGAGGAGGAGGAGGAGACGACGACACCAGUCGACAGUCGGCAGGGAGAAAAAGGGAAGAGAGACACUCUUCCGAUCCAUGGGAACCGGUGUUUUGGAACAAUUCACCGAUGUCGCGCGAUUAUGCAUACGCCUACUCAAAAAUUUCAGCAGACUCGGAUGACAUUCCCGGUAUCGGUCAGUACGAUGACUUUCACACUAUCGACUGGCAGCGCGAUAUCGCCAGGGAUCGUAUGCGUCAUCGGUACAUUGUUAAAAAGAAGCAUGAUUCCAUGUGGGACUUGAUCAAGGGGGCCCAUGACGCCUGGUCGGGAUGGCUCUGCGUUUUAUUCGUUGGAUUAUUCACGGGGGUUGCCGCUGGUGUGAUAGACAUCGGUGCCUCGUGGAUGACCGAUCUCAAAUUUGGAAUAUGUCCUCAAGCCUUUUGGCUCAACAAAGAACAGUGCUGCUGGAGUUACAAUGAAACUACAUUCGACGGUGGAAAUUGUUCACAGUGGUGGACGUGGCCUGAAGUAUUCAGUCAAUCGAAGACUGGAGCCGGAUCAUACGUAAUCUCUUAUAUGUUUUACAUAGCCUGGGCUCUUUUAUUUGCUUCGUUGUCAGCCUCGUUAGUCAGAAUGUUUGCGCCUUAUGCCUGCGGUUCUGGUAUACCUGAGAUUAAAACCAUACUGAGUGGGUUCAUAAUCCGCGGGUACUUGGGAAAGUGGACAUUGAUAAUAAAAUCCGUCGGUCUCAUUUUGUCCGUAUCGGCAGGUCUCAGUUUGGGCAAGGAGGGACCCAUGGUCCAUAUAGCAUGUUGCAUCGGAAACAUAUUUUCAUACUUGUUUCCAAAAUACGGAAGAAACGAAGCGAAAAAGCGUGAAAUUUUAUCCGCUGCCGCUGCUGCAGGUGUAUCGGUUGCCUUCGGCGCACCGAUUGGUGGUGUUUUGUUCAGUUUAGAAGAGGUCAGCUACUAUUUCCCGCUGAAGACACUAUGGCGUUCCUUCUUUUGUGCACUCAUAGCAGCUUUCGUAUUGAGAUCUAUAAAUCCGUUCGGCAAUGAACACUCGGUACUCUUUUUCGUAGAGUACAACAAACCGUGGAUAUUUUUCGAACUGGUUCCCUUCGUGAUGCUCGGUAUAAUGGGAGGUAUUAUUGCAACGUUAUUCAUUAAAGCAAAUCUGUACUGGUGUCGUUAUCGAAAAACAUCUAAACUUGGUCAAUAUCCUGUGACCGAGGUUUUGGUUGUGACUGUUGCUACGGCCAUUAUUGCUUAUCCAAAUCCUUACACACGAAUGAAUACCAGUCAGCUGAUUUACUUAUUAUUCAGCCAGUGUGGAGUAUCUAAUGCUGAUAUGCUAUGCGACUACGACAGAAAUUUCACUGACGUCAAUUCUGCGAUUGAAAUAGCAGCUGCUGGUCCGAGAGUUUAUCAAGCAGUUUGGUUGUUGGUCUUAGCACUAAUUCUGAAACUGAUAAUGACCAUAUUUACAUUCGGUAUGAAAGUACCUUGCGGAUUAUUCAUCCCGUCACUUUGCCUGGGUGCAAUAAUGGGCCGCAUCGUAGGCAUCGGUAUGGAACAACUCGCAUACAAGUACCCUCACAUUUGGGUGUUCAGCGAGGAAUGUUCGACUGGCGUCGAUUGCAUAACGCCUGGCCUUUAUGCCAUGGUUGGGGCAGCUGCAGUCCUGGGCGGUGUUACAAGAAUGACAGUGUCCUUGGUUGUUAUCAUGUUUGAAUUAACAGGUGGGGUCAGGUACAUUGUUCCCUUAAUGGCAGCUGCUAUGGCAAGUAAAUGGGUCGGAGACGCGUUGGGUAAACAAGGCAUCUACGAUGCGCACAUCGGAUUGAACGGAUAUCCAUUCUUAGACAGUAAAGACGAAUUUCAACAUACGAGUUUGGCGGCGGACGUCAUGCAGCCAAAGCGCAACGAAGCUCUGAACGUCCUGACUCAAGACUCUAUGACAGUCGACGACGUUGACACUUUACUUAAAGAAACUGAACACAAUGGUUUUCCAGUCAUUGUUUCAAGAGAAUCGCAAUACUUGGUAGGCUUCGUGCUACGCAGGGACUUGAAUCUCGCCAUAGCCAAUGCAAGACGGCUAAUGGAGGGAAUAACUGGACAGUCACUUGUCAUUUUCACAAGCGGUAGUAAUGUUCAGACGCAUGGUCCACCCCCACUAAAAUUGAAGAAAAUAUUAGAUAUGGCGCCGAUCACUAUCACCGAUCAAACGCCGAUGGAAACCGUCGUCGACAUGUUCCGUAAACUGGGACUCAGGCAAACGCUCGUCACGCAUAACGGGCGGCUUCUAGGCGUUAUAACAAAGAAGGAUGUCUUAAGACAUGUCAAACAACUUGACAACGAAGAUCCGAGCUCUGUUCUGUUCAAUUAAAUUGUAAUUAAUUAAAUCGCGAAAUUCUUAAACCUUA